GAGCACUUCUGCUUAAUGCCGCAAAGGAUAUCGAAAUGCUAGAAUGUCCGCCAGAGAGUAAGAAGCUGAUGGUUGGCGAGAAACUGGAACUGCAAUGGAAAUACAAUGUAAAAGUAUCGGAACGAAAUCAAUGGAAGAUUAGCUUGUAUGUAUUUAAUAACACUAACAACGCGAAAAACACGCUGUUAGUAUUGGAUCGGUCUGGGAAGAUUAUUGUCCGGCAGUCGUUACCUCUCGUGUAUCAACGGAUUGAUCUGAAACUUUCCCACAACAUAGCUAGAAUUUCUAUACCUACAACUACCUUCGACGACACUGCAGGGUAUGGGAUUAACUUCAAACCAAGUACAGGAAAGAAUUCCCUUCAAAAGGUCACUGAU